AUGCGUGGUACUAAUGGGUCAAAACUGACAUCUUCCCACAUCUUACUUGAAUCACCAAUGCAAUUAGAUUCUAAAGAAGUGACUAAUGAGUGUUUGUCCAUGCCACCUGUAGAUGACCAAUGCUUGAGUGAAUCGAAGGCCGAUGCCACUGCAGAUUUUUGUGGUGUUAAAGAUGUUGGAAGUGCUUUGCACAAUAGUGACUUUAUGCAAUGUUUUAGCCCCGUUGAUAAUCUUGAUUAUGGAAAGUCUAGUAAUCAUAGUGGUUGUACCUCACAGCAGUUUGGUGUUUUGAACGAAGAAUGUAUGCUGACAACUCCUCCUGAUGCUGAGAUAUAUGGUAAUUCAAAGGUGAAUGUAGAUCAAUUAGAGAGCACGCCCCACGAUGUGAAUAAUUGCAAGCCCAUGGAAUUGACCAAAAAUACUCGGGAAAAAGCUGGUGAAGGGUUUUGUCUGAAAGCUGAUAAGGGGAAAGAUUCUCUUAAUAGACAAUCUGUGCGUGGACAACAUUUGCACAGGAAACUUUUCAAAGCCCCAGGUUCAGUCAGCUAUAAAAGGUUGCUCCCAUUUUUAAUGGAUCUUACCAAAGAUGAUUCUGGUACAUCAAAAUUUGGUCAUCAGACCAAUCAUCAAAAAGAUGAGGUGGGCAUGAGUGCAAAGAGCUUUCAACUUCCUUUCUCAUCUAAAAGUGAAGAAGCUUCGAUAGAUGAACCUAAGACAGACAGUAGUCCCAUGCAUGGAACAGUUGAGUCUAAUGCAGUGGCAAACAAUAUAUUAGUUAAUUCUUCUAAUGAGUUAUGUCAUGGCAGCCAGCCAAAAUUGACGCCUUCUGAAGACUUACCUGAAUUGCCUAUGCAAAUGGAUGCAAAAGAAGCGGUUAUUGAGGGUUUAUCUGCCCCCGCUGUCAAAAAAGCUAUUGAGAAAUUUGUGAUUGGUUCUAAAGAUGGACGCUUGAGUGAAUCCAAGUUUGACACAUGUUCAGUAAUGGUGGAUAAUUUUCAUUGUGCUAAGAAUGUUGCAAAUGGUGAGCAUAAUGAUGGCUUUAAGCAAGUACAAAAUAGGAUAUCCGGACAACACAGAAGUGAGUCACCACCCAAAAAUCAAAAUAUCCUUGAUAUCAACGGCGAUGUCUCUGACCAUACAUUUGAACAUCAUGCAAGCCAAGAAAAAAAAAUCACUAUCAAUUAUGAUCAAAGAAAGCAGUUUGUGAAUCUGGAGGAGCGGGAAUCUGUUCGAAGAUCUUCUCCUGAUUGUCAAUGUCUUACUCUAUUGAAUCCUAAAAUGCUAGAUGCUGAGGAGAAUGGAACUGGCAGUCACGCAAUUAGCAGAAGUGAUGAUUCUGUGGUUCUAAAUCAUGUCCAGGUUUCAAAUGAAGAACCUACAUCACCAUAUGGGAAGAAUAUCCCAGAAAGUUCUGACAUGGCUGGAUACGGUGGUGAUGAAACAGGAAAUGUUCUAAAUGCCAUAGUUUUUGGUUCGAGGAUGACUUCAAAUGGCAGCGAUGACAAAAAUGCUAGUGAUAUCGAAUAUGGUUCUGAAUCCAAGACUACGUCGGUUCUAAAUGGCUGUUCGCGGGUUAAAUUGUUGAAGCAUUCUGGAUCUUUCAACUACAAAAGAUUACUUCCAUUUCUCUUGAAUAUCGUGAAAGAUAAUUCUUGUAAUUCUGGUACCCAGCAGCAAACAGGGUUGCGUGCUUGUGAUUUAAACAAUGAUAGUUCAAGUCCAAAAUCUCAAAUUCCUGAAUUUCAUUCAUCUCAUGGUUCAUGCAAAGCGAUUCAACUGCAAGAUGAACAGGUUGUAUUAAGUGGACAAUGCCAGUCAGACAGCUAUACUGAUCCAUCGAUUUCUGUUCAUGGAAUGGAUUUACCGAUCACACUAUCAGCAACUGUAAUUAAUGAUGUUAUCACCAGAGAAGAAAAGACUACACGUGCCUCGUCCAAGUCAUCAGUUAUCUCCGAAGUAAAAGGAAAUAGUUCAUUCCUGAUAUCUUCUAAUGAGAAGCCAACUGAAACACGUGAAUGUUGUCAGAGCUUGUCUCAACUUAGAGUCCCUGCCGUUAGUUUCAAAAAAGGAAUUUUAAAAAGAAAUCCAAGAGGAUGCAGAGGCAUUUGCGCGUGUUUGAACUGUGUUUCUUUUCGCCUUCACGCAGAAAGAGCAUUUGAAUUUUCUAGAAAUCAGCUACUAGAUGCCGAAGAGGUUGCUCGUGACCUUAUGAAGGAACUAUCUGAUUUACGAAACAUGUUAAAAAGAUCUAUGGAUAGUGUCAAGAACAGCCCUGUCUUUUGUGGAAGCCAGGUGAAAGAAGCCUGCAGCAAAGCGUUUGCAGCAGAACAACUUGCAAAGGACCGUCUUAUUCAGAUGAAUGACGAUCUUAACAUCCAUUGCCGAAUAACGAGCUUGCAGCGACCAAGGGUUACGUUUGCAGAUCACGUCGAAGAAAAAGUCAUUCAACCUGGCGGAUAAUUGUGCAUCUUAAACCAGCUGCUUCGAAGCAAUUGUUCUAAUGGAC